AAAAUAAUGUGUGAAAAACAGGAACUUCUGAAUCUGAAGUGCUCUGUUUAUGUCCUUUCUAUUCUUCCGAUGUAAAUCCCAAUUCGAAAAUUCUAAAACCCUAAAAGUGGAAUUCAUCAUCCAAAUGUGACGCAGAUUCAUCAAUAAUGAAAGCUUCGUUAUCGAAUCCUCUUGUCAUCUUAAUCCUUUUCAUCUUCCUUUUCUAUUCCCCUGCAUCUCCCAAACCUUCAGAUUCCACCUUCGAAUCGACCUACGUUCGCCUCUGCAACCACCAUGUCCCUGCAUCGGCGGCUCGUUCCGACGGUGGGACCGUCCCCGGUGUCUCCGACGAGCUCCGCUUCCAAUCCGGCUACUUCGCCGGCGGUGAUCGACUCUUCAACCGAUCCUCCACCUCGAAUCACGCGUCGUUCCGCGUGACCUCGGUUCGCCGAAGCGCGAGCGACGGCGUGUUCGAGUUGCGCGGGCAAAUGCUUCUUCAGCAACGGAGAGGAGCGAAGCCGGCGCCGGCAAGGUUUCUCCGGCGAGUUUAUCCGGGGCGGAGAGUGUCGCAUUGGGGGGUUUCGCAGUGGAUGCGCGUUUCUCUGAGGGGAUUUUGGUCGCAAUCUUCUGGUAACCUUUGUAUGCUCGGAACCGGAUCUCAUGCUAACAUGCGAAAUGCUAAUGUUGUUCUUAAGCUUAGUUACCCUAGAGCUUUGAUCCUUUUGGAUUGUUUGAUUAGUGGAUCACUAGAAAGUUUUGAUGAUAAGAGUAGUUUGCAAUACUUUGAACGUAUUUCGAUAUUGGCUUUGUCUCAGAGCUCGAAUUACAAGUUUACCGUGGUUGGGGAUGAAAGAGGGAAUGGCUGUGGAGGUGGAUCGUAUGUGGAGGGUUUGUCCCUUAGAAACUUAAGCCAAGGUGCAUGCACUGCUUUUCUUGGACACACGGAUAGGUUUGAAUUGAAAUAUGGGAAUCACUGCGGUAAUGCUAGUUGUAAUCCUCUUGGUGCUAAUGGUGGAGGGUUGCCUGCUUUUAUGCUUUUUCAUGGCAUCCGAUGCGCGGAGAGGCAGAAGGUUCAGAUGCUGUUGGGUUUUCCUGAUUCUGGCUACCGGGAUGCUGUGUUUCCAUUUUAUCCCAAUACGACGUUGGUUUCUGAGGGGGUGUGGAAUGAGGAGGAGAACCAGCUAUGUGCGGUUGCGUGCCAAAUUUUGAACUCCACGGAAUCUUGGUUCAAUCCUUAUGUUGGAGAUUGCAAGAUUAGGCUCAGUUUAAGGUUUCCUGCCAUUUUAUCUUUGCGGAACAGGAGUACGGUUUUGGGCCAGAUUUGGAGCGACAAAGUGGUUGGUGAACCUGGUUACUUCAGUAAAGUUGGAUUUGAGGGUUUGUCAAGGGUAUCAAGAAGCAUCCAUGGUUUCCAUUACAAGUAUGAUGAAACUAAUAUGGUGAGAAAGUCCUGUGCAGAAAAGGUGAAUGCUAGAGGGAAGGGGGAUACAUAUCCAGAUGGAUAUUCUUCUGAUAUGGGAUUUCGCAUGUUAAUGACAGACAGCAAAGGGCAAGUGGCUCAAGGUUACUCUUCGCCUCUAUCUGUUGGUGAUCAAGUUUAUGGUGGACAGUCAUAUGGGGUUCCAACUGUGUUGACAACGGGAAAGCCGAAACCACAUGGUAUUCAAUUAGAUGACUACAACAUUUUGCUGAAUAUCAGCUAUACGAUGAGAUUUAAUCCCCCACCUGAUUUCAAGUUUGGUAGAGGGGUCUCUUCAACCGAAGUCAAAAUUAAUGCUGAAGGAAUUUACAACCGGAAAACUGGAGUUCUGUGUAUGAUAGGAUGCAAGCAUUUGAGAUCAACAGACAUAAUACUGAUGAAGAAUGAGUCCCUGGACUGUGAAAUCAUGGUCAAUAUCCAGUUUCCUCCAUUGAAUGCAAAAGGAGGUGAAUCUCUUCAAGGAACUAUAGAAAGCACACGACAAAAGUCAGACCCUUAUUAUUUUGAUCCCCUACAGUUGUCUUCGUAUUCCAUUUACACAACUCAAGCAGAUGCUUCCAUUUGGAGAAUGGAUUUUGAGAUAAUUAUGGUAUUGGUAUCAAACACACUGGCUUGUGUGUUUGUAGGAUUGCAACUCCUUCAUGUGAAAAAGUUCCCGGAUGUGCUUCCUUGCAUUUCUGUCGUUAUGCUUCUUGUUAUUACUCUAGGUCACAUGAUUACCCUGGUGUUGAACUUUGAAGCUUUAUUCACAACAAACCACAGCGUGCAGAAUGCUUUUCUUGGGAGUGGAGGGUGGCUUCAAGUGAAUGAGGUAGUUGUGAGGAUGGUGACAAUGGUAGCCUUUCUUCUAGAGUUGCGUCUUGUACAAUUGACCUGGUCUUCUAGACAGGGUGAGGGAAGCCAUCCUGGUCUGUGGGAUUCUGAGAAAAAGGUUCUUUAUAUGACUCUACCAUUGUACAUUGGUGGCGGGUUGACUGCUUGGUUGGUGCACAUAUGGAAAACUUCUCACCAAAAAAGAUAUAGACCAUUCCGGCUUUCACACCACAGGUAUAAGCUUCCUCAUGGACGUUUUUACCAGCCUCCAUCCCUCUGGGAAGAUUUUAAAUCUUAUGCUGGUUUGCUCCUGGAUGGUUUUCUGCUCCCACAGAUUCUGCUUAACAUAAUAUUUAACUCGGAAGGGGAAGCUCUUACACCUUCCUUUUAUGUUGGGACAACCAUUGUUCGUAUACUGCCCCAUGCAUAUGAUCUCUAUAGAGCUCACAGUUCUUCAUGGUACCUUGAUUUAUCAUAUAUAUACGCAAACCAUAGAAUGGAUUUUUAUUCCACAGCCUGGGACAUCAUAAUCCCUAUUUGUGGCAUUUUAUUUGCUCUCCUUGUAUACUUUCAGCAGAGAUUUGGCGGUCGGUGCAUUCUUCCGAAGAGGUUCAGAGAAGUUUCUUCCUAUGAGAAAGUACCUGUUAUUGGCAAUGAUGAUUUAUGAUGGCCUCGUUGGCUGCAUUUUGUAAAAUGAUUUUUAUACCCACGACAUUUUAUUAGAGCUUUUGGAAGGCAUAAAUUGCAAUAGAAAGUAUACACUUCACAGGAUAUAGCAGUGGAGGAGGAUUUGCCCAUAUCAAGAAACCUUGUGCAACCCCCUUUCAGACACCUAUAGAUCAUCUAUUUCUUUUGGAAAUUGAGAUAAAGACACAUUCUUAGCGGCUGAAGACUUGUUACUUUUGUUUUGAGUAAGUUUUGACCUAAAGUUAUUUUUCUCCCAACAUCA